AUGGAGGAUUAUCACGUAAACACAGCCUUCUCGAUGGGCAAACAACAUAACGAGAACAAUAAUGAAGCUAGUAGCGUAAACACUCAGCCAAGUGCCAUGGCGCCCGCAACACUGAGAAUGAUGGGAAAGAGUCCACAACAACAGCAGCAGCAGCAGCAUCAACAGACACCUUUAAUGCCGCCUGCAGACAUCAAAUAUGUAAGUAAUGGAAAUGGUCACCAGGCGCAACAAAAAGAGAGACAACCAGAAUUUGAAAAUCCGCCUAGAGAGAAUGCACAGAAGUCGAAUACAUCCAGCCAGGGUCGAGCUCCCUCUUCUCAGGGCAUGCCUAAACAGUUCCAUAGAAAAUCACUCGGAGACUGGGAGUUUGUUGAAACGGUGGGCGCAGGUUCUAUGGGAAAGGUUAAACUAGCCAAGCACCAUUAUACCAAUGAGGUGUGUGCCGUAAAGAUCGUGAAUAGAGCUACCAAAGCCUUCUUGCAUAAGGAACAAAUGCUACCACCACCCAAGAAUGAACAAGAUGUUUUAGAGAGACAAAAGAAAUUAGAAAAGGAAAUAUCCAGAGAUAAGAGAACUAUUCGGGAAGCGUCUUUAGGCCAGAUUUUGUACCAUCCACACAUAUGUAGGCUUUUCGAAAUGUGCACACUAUCAAAUCAUUUUUAUAUGUUGUUUGAAUACGUCUCGGGUGGUCAACUGCUAGACUAUAUCAUUCAGCAUGGAUCCAUACGAGAGCACCAGGCAAGAAAAUUUGCCAGAGGUAUUGCAAGUGCCUUAAUGUAUUUGCAUGCUAAUAAUAUCGUUCAUAGAGAUUUGAAGAUUGAAAACAUUAUGAUUUCAGAUUCUAGUGAAAUCAAGAUAAUUGAUUUUGGGCUGUCUAAUCUUUACGAUUCUAGAAAGCAACUGCAUACAUUCUGUGGCUCUUUAUAUUUUGCUGCUCCGGAGUUGUUAAAGGCCAAUCCUUAUACAGGGCCUGAAGUGGACGUUUGGUCAUUCGGUGUGGUUUUAUUCGUACUUGUGUGUGGGAAAGUUCCCUUUGAUGACGAAAACUCGAGUGUACUACACGAAAAGAUCAAGCAAGGUAAGGUAGAAUAUCCUCAGCAUUUAUCGAUCGAAGUAAUAUCAUUACUAUCCAAAAUGCUGGUGGUGGAUCCAAAAAGAAGAGCAACUUUAAAACAAGUUGUGGAGCACCACUGGAUGGUAAGAGGGUUUGACGGCCCUCCUCCUUCUUAUUUACCAAAAAGGAUUCCACUGACUAUGGAAAUACUUGAUACGGACGUCUUGAAAGAGAUGUACCGUUUAGAAUUCGUCGAUGAUGUGGAAGAAACAAGAAGUGUUUUGGCUAGCAUAAUCACAGAUCCUACUUAUGUUCUUCUCUCUAGACAGUACUGGGCAUUGACGGCCAAAAUUAGAGCAGAAUCCAACAAUAGUGAAGAUAUUCCAAACAUAACGGAAAGUUUUGAAGAUCCAACUAGAGCGUAUCACCCAAUGCUUUCUAUAUACUACUUGACAUCUGAGAUGCUCAAUAGAAAAAACGCCAAGGUACAGAAUCAACAACAGCGACAGGGCAACGAAAAUGUGGAAAAGCUUGCCGAGAUACCCGAAAGCGUGAAGCAAAACAAAGUUACGAAUAACGUGUCUACCACAAAGUCAGAUCUUGAAACUGUAGAACCAACACCGGUUAGACAAGAUACUCACACGCCUUUGUCUUCAAGAAAUGGAAACAGAACGCAACCUCCCCUACAUGUUUUGAUCCCACCAAAAUUGGUAGCACCAGAACAAGCGCAUACAUCGCCAACAGGUAGAAAGAGUCCGGACAACCAACAUCGUGAAACAGAUUACGCGCUCUCUCCCACACCGCAAGGGAAUGAUUAUCAACAAUUCAGAGCACCAUCAAAUGCAGGCGAUCCCUCAGAAAAGGCUAAAUUUGGCAAUAUAUUCAGAAAGCUAUCACAACGCCGUAAAAAGACUAUUGAACAAUCCGCUGCAAACGGUAGUAAUAUCGUUAAUAAACCUGUACAAAAGACGCAUUCGCGCGCCGUUUCGGAUUUUGUUCCUGGAUUUGCGAAGUCUUCUUAUGAAGCAAACUAUAGUUCAGUGAGGGAGCCGAUCAAGAGCAAUGAUGACGAGGACAAUGAUAAUACUGAUUUUCCAGCACUACCCGUUAAUGCAGAGAAUAUUUUGGAAAAGCAAAGAGAGAAGCAGCUAGAGGAAGACAUAAUGAAACUGCACAAUAUCAAUAAACAAAACGAUGAUGUUGGGAAAGGUAAUACACCGGAAGUUUACACCGGGCAAAACUAUGAAGAUAAUAACGACGAUGAAAACAAGCCCUUACCUCCACUCAAUGUCGCGAAAGGCCGUAAAUUGCAUCCAAGUGCAAGGGCUAAGUCUGUUGGGCAUGCUCGCCGUGAGUCGCUAAAAUACAUGAGACCCCCAGUACCUACAUCGGUUUAUCCUCAACAGGAGCUUAUAGAUACCGGAUUCCUGGAAUCAAGUGACGACAACAAGUCCGAUAGUUUGGCAAAUGUUACAUCACAUACCAAUGGUAGUUCUAGCUUACAUUCUGCGAAUGCGCACGCAAGUUCGCCAAUCAUGGAAAAGGAAUUGACAGAUGAACAGAUUUUAGAAGAGGCAUCCAAAGCUCCAGCAGGUUCCAUGCCAUCCAUUGAUUUCCCUCGUUCUUUGUUUUUGAAGGGUUUUUUUUCCGUCCAAACAACUUCAUCCAAGCCUUUACCGAUUGUUAGAUAUAAGAUCACAUUUGUCUUAAGAAAAAUGCACAUAGAUUUCAAGGAAGUCAAAGGAGGUUUUAUUUGUGUGCAAAGAUUCGUUUCCAAUAAUGUGGUAGCAAAGAGAGAAGAGGGGCCAUCGCCUAGUCAAGAAAAGUCGCAGUUGACUCCAAGAUCGAUAAUGCCCGCUUCACAUCACGGUUCCAUUAGACGCCAAGGCUCUAACAAAUUAUCUCCCUCUUCUCCGUUAACAACCAAUUCCAUUCACCAGAGGAAGACAUCCGUAAUUGAAAAUUACGGGGACGAGAAGCACUCCAGAACAUCGUUGGAAAACGUUCGCCAACAAAGUGUCAAUAGCGAAAGCAUGGAUACAAGAGAAAAGGAACCAAUCAAAUUUGAAAUACAUAUCGUGAAGGUGCGUAUUGUUGGUUUGGCAGGUGUGCAUUUUAAGAAAAUUUCUGGUAACACUUGGAUGUAUAAAGAACUGGCUUCUGAGAUAUUAAAGGAACUAAACUUAUAA